AUGGCGGCCUCUGUUUCACCGCUACGCUCCUCCUUCAGGAUUUGUAGCCCGUUAACGUUGCACCAUCACUGCUGCCGGACAAAACUGCAAAUGCACAGAAAAUGCGAGAGUCAAAGGAGACAUCUACACCGGACAGCGACGAGGCAUGCUGCUGUUGUGAUCUCUGGGACAGAGAUGGCUCGACAGAUUCACAGAGAAAUCCAGCGCGAUGUGGAAGAUCUGGUUGCUCAGGGCAACAUGAGACCCCACUUAGGAGUGGUUUUGGUGGGGGACGACCCAGCCAGUCGUACUUAUGUUAGGAAUAAGACCCGGGCAGCCAGUAUCCUGGGUAUUUCAAGUGACACGGUUAUUCGGCCUAGCUCUGUCUCUCAGGAGGAGUUGCUCGAGCUGAUUGACAAGAUGAACCGUGACUGGAGGGUCAGCGGCCUGUUGGUGCAGCUGCCACUUCCUGAGCACAUCAAUGAGCGAGCUGUAUGUAAUGCCAUCGCUCCAGAGAAGGAUGUGGAUGGCUUUCAUAUUGUGAAUAUUGGUAAGCUGUGUCUGGACCAGAGGUCUAUGGUGCCUGCCACACCUGCAGCUGUCUGGGAGAUCAUCAAAAGAGCUGGUAUUGAGACAGUGGGAAAGAAUGUGCUAGUCGCUGGUCGCUCCAAAAAUGUUGGAAUGCCCAUCGCAAUGUUGCUGCACACUGAUCGCAACCAUGAACGCCCAGGAGGUGAUGCCACUGUGACCAUCACCCACAGAUGUACACCAAGAGAACAGCUGAAGGAGCUGGCCAGCCUGGCUGACAUCAUUAUUGCAGCUGCAGGUGUUCCUGGGCUGAUCACAGCAGAUAUGGUAAAAGAGGGAGCAGCAGUCAUUGACGUGGGAAUUAACCGCAUCAAGGACCCCAAAACUGGAAAACUGCGACUCAUCGGUGACGUGGACUUUGAGGGAGUGAAAGAGAAAGCAGGUCUCAUCACACCGGUUCCCGGAGGCGUGGGUCCGAUGACGGUCGCCAUGCUGAUGAGGAACACUGUGACUGCUGCCAGAAACGCACUGAUGCAUUGAACACACACCAUAUAAAGCCACUGGUUUUUAUUGAAUGAUAUACAGUCCUAACACUGAAUCCAUAUAUGCAAACACACACAUACUUUUAUUUCAAAUCCAUGAGCUGAAGACUCCAUACCUGCUGGGAAACUAACUUGAUACAUACUUUAUUUAUAUUUUGUUCAACUAUUUAUUUAAGUUAUUUAUUCCAGAGUUCACUUUUAAAGAGCUUAGAUUCAUAUUUUUUCUACUGAAGUCAUUCUGGUUCAUUUUUGAACAUUCCAGAUUCACUGGAAAAGGAAAUAAAAAACAAUGCUGUGCCAA